GAGACACCACGAAGAACUUUUUUUUUCAAGAACGACAAUUUUCGAAUUUGCCUGCUGUUGUUCGCUGUGUGCUUAUUCUCCGAGUCCAGUAAUCAGUACGCUCCAGUCAAUCCAUAAAGUUAGAUCGACACGCUUUUUAUUCGACCAAAAAAAAAAACAGUUUUUCCUCUGUUAAACGAAACUAACCCUAACCCCAACUCCCCACAUCUGUCUGUGGAGCACCACCAACAUUCAACACCAAUGGGACAGAUGGAUGUGGUUCGCCUUUAACGAUUUUAACCGCAGAGGAAAGCAAAAAAAAACAGAAAAGAAAAGUUCAAAUGUUUUUGUAGUUUUUUCGCAUUUGUUGCUGAUGAUGUUGCUGCUUCUUUCCCAUUUGAAACUAGUUUAAAGAAAAUCUUAAAGAAAAAAUAAAACAAUUUAUAAGAAAAUUACAAACAGUAAUAUAAACAGCAUUGACUUACUACAACCACCACUAUUGAUAACUUCUCAAAAACUUAAGAGGUUCCCGCGAAACAAAAAAAAUAUAUAUUUUUUUAACUUAUUCUACUGUUUCUCCUAACUCCGUGGUGGAUCGUUAAGGAAACGGAAAUACGCGCAUACAAAAUUGGGGUAUAAUGGAGCCCCUGUGGAAGCGGCUACUAUUCGCCGCUGUAUUUGCUGGAGCAUUUCUAGGCAUAAAUGCUCAAUUUUGGAAAACUGCUGACACCGGAGCGAUUUACAAUACUGCCAAAAAUUAUCGGCCUGAAUUCGAAGCCCCCAGAAAUCCCAUUGACGAAAGUUAUUCCGUUAUUGACAGUGCCGGCAACAGUGCUCCUCCAAGAAAUUGUACAAGCGGUACUGUUGGCUGUAUACCAAAAUGUUUUGCUGAAAAGGGUAAUCGCGGUCUCCAGGGUCCAAUUGGUAAUCCUGGUCCCAAGGGUCUGCCCGGCUAUCCCGGUACUGAAGGUCCACCCGGUGACAAAGGUCAAAAAGGUGAUCCCGGCCCAAUAGGUCCACGUGGUUUGAAGGGUGAGCGUGGCAGCGCUGGUAUGCCUGGCAUGUCUGGAGUUCCAGGUAUUCAAGGUAUUGCUGGUAAUGCUGGCGCCCCUGGUAUUCCUGGUAAAGAUGGUUGUGAUGGUGAGAAGGGUCUUCCUGGUGUAACGGGUCUCAGUGGUAUGACUGGUCCUCGUGGUUAUCCUGGUCAACCUGGUGCCAAAGGUGAUAAAGGUGAACCUGCCAAAGAAAAUGGUGACUAUGCAAAGGGUGAAAAAGGUGAGCCCGGUUUUGCUGGCCGUGCGGGAAAUCCUGGCCCUGAGGGUCCUCAGGGUUCCAAAGGUGAUCGUGGCGAUACUGGUCCAUAUGGCGCCCCUGGUCCCCGUGGUGAUCGUGGUAUGAAGGGUGAAAAAGGUGCUCCAUGUUUUGCUCGACCACAACCCGGCCGCAAAGGUGAAAAGGGUGAGAAAGGUGAACCCGCUGGCACACUCAAGCUAACUAAUGCUCACACCAUUAGUGGCGAAAAGGGCGAAAGAGGAGAAAAGGGAGAGAGAGGAGAGAAUGGUGAAAAAGGUGCAGUUGGCUAUCAAGGUGAACAAGGUCGCGAAGGUAUGAAAGGUGAAAAGGGUCUUCCCGGUGGUCCUGGUGACAGAGGUCGUCAAGGUGCUUACGGUCCACCUGGUCCAGCUGGACAGAAAGGUGAUCGCGGUGAUACUGGUUUGAAUGGAUUGCCUGGUAAACCCGGUCAAAAAGGUGAUCCUGGACGUCCUGGAAAACCUGGUGAGCGUGGUCUUGUCGGUCCUCCUGGUCCCCCUGGUGGCGGUCGUGGAUCACCUGGAGCACCUGGCCCCAAAGGUCCCCGCGGUUACACUGGCGCCCCUGGUCCAAAGGGUCUGGAUGGUUUUAAUGGUCCACCCGGUCCCCAAGGUUUACCCGGUAUGAAAGGUGGUCCUGGUGUACCCGGCAACAAUGGUGUUGAAGGUCCUCCCGGCGAAAAAGGUGACAAGGGCAAUGCUGGUCGUCCUGGUCCAAUGGGUCCUCAAGGCCCUAUCGGCCAUACUGGUCCCCCAGGUCCUGAAGGUCAAAAGGGAGAAGCUGGACUUCCCGGUUAUGGUGAGCGUGGCUUGAAAGGUGAUGACGGUUUUCCCGGUGCUGCGGGUAUGAAGGGCGCUAAAGGUGAACGUGGUUUCCCAGGUACUGCCGGUGCCCCUGGUGAUUCAAAACUAGGUCGCCCUGGUACUCCCGGUCGUGUUGGUCCUCCAGGCCAGAAAGGUGAUCAAGGCAAUCCUGGUACCCCGGGACAGAAAGGUGAUAUGGGUCCAAAAGGUGAUGCUGGUGGAAAAUGCUCAAACUGUGCUCCUGGACAGAAGGGUGAUAAAGGUGACCGAGGCUCUGAUGGUGUUCCUGGUAGAGAUGGUGUUCGAGGUCCCCCAGGUGAACGCGGCUAUCCAGGAGAACGUGGUUCUGAUGGUAUUCCCGGUCCUCCUGGCGCACCUGGUGACAAGGGUAGAGAUGGAAAUCCUGGUGCUCCUGGUCCAUAUGGUGCCCCUGGUAAAGAUGCCAUCAUGGAUAUGAAUCUAAUAGCUCCCGAAAAAGGAAGUAAGGGUGAACGUGGUUAUCCUGGUGCCGCAGGCCUUAAAGGAGAGCGUGGUGAACCUGGAACUCCUGGCGCUAACGGACAAAAGGGUGAAAUUGGAAUGAAGGGCGACAAGGGCUUCCCCGGUCCACCUGGUAGUGAUGGUCUUCCUGGUAAUCCAGGCAGAGAUGGUCAUGAUGGUAUGCCUGGUCGUAGCGUAAAGGGCGAACCUGGUACUGCUGGACGUGAUGGCGACAAAGGUGAGCCAGGUAUUGACGGCUACCGCGGUGAUAAAGGUGAUCCUGGUACCUGUGAUAUCGGUACUAUUACGUUGCCAGCUAAAGGCAGUAAAGGUGACCGCGGCGUUACUGGCAAUCCAGGUCCAAUGGGACUUACUGGUUACAAAGGUGAUCAAGGCAAUCCAGGCUUGAAAGGUGAACCUGGUCCACAAGGUCCCCCUGGCCCUACUGGACCUCGCGGUAUGACUGGUCCCCGAGGUGAUCCCGGCCCACAAGGUCCUAUGGGCGCUCCCGGCAACCCUGGAAGAGAUGGCAUGCGUGGUCCUCCUGGCAGAAAUGGAGUCCCCGGACAAAAAGGUGAACAAGGAAUUGCUAGACCUGGUCCCCCCGGAAGUAUUGGUCGUCCUGGUAUGCCUGGCCAAAAAGGUGAGAGAGGCCUUGUUGGUCCAUCGGGUCCCCCUGGAAUGGAGGGUGCUCCUGGUUACCCUGGAGAAAAGGGCGAUGCUGGCUAUCCUGGCGCUCCUGGUGCCCCUGGUUUUGACGGUCCUAAGGGUGAUAUGGGCCCAUUAGGACCCCAAGGUCCUCCUGGCCCACCUGGCAAACCCGGUGUUGAUGGCGUCCAAGGUCGUGAUGGCGCUAAAGGUGAACCUGGCUAUCCUGGUUUGGUAGGUAUGCCUGGUAUGAAGGGUGAAAGAGGUGCACCUGGUGUUGAUGGCAGUAAAGGUUUCACUGGUCUUACUGGACCUCCUGGCAAACGUGGACCUCCUGGACCUGCAGGCAUUCCCGGUGCAAAGGGUGAUCGUGGUGAGCGUGGUUUAACUGGCAAGGAUGGUUUACCCGGACCUAGAGGUCCCGCUGGCGCCCCUGGUAUGAUGGGCAUGAAAGGUGAUAUGGGACCAGUUGGUCCCCCCGGAGCAGAUGGUAUUCCCGGUCUUGAUGGCAUGAAAGGUGAUCGCGGUUUACCUGGUCUCGACGGUCCACGUGGUGAAGCUGGCGAUGCUUCUGAAAAGGGUCAAAAAGGUGAACCUGGUGCCCCUGGUCUGCGUGGUGAAAGUGGUAUGCCCGGUGCUCCUGGUAUGCAAGGUGAAAAGGGUGUUGCUGGUAUAGCAUUACAUGGACGUCCUGGAGCUACAGGAGAAAAGGGUGAUCGCGGUCGUGAUGGUAUGAACGGCAUGGAUGGUAUAUCCGGUGAAAAGGGUGAUCAAGGUAUGCCUGGUAUGACUGGACCUAAAGGUAAUAAGGGCGAGACUGGUCUACCCGGAGCCCCCGGACUCCCCGGAAUGGAUGGCAAACCCGGUCAAAUGGGUGCACCCGGUCCUAUGGGCCAUCCUGGUAUAAAGGGUGAUAGAGGCGAGCGUGGCUUCCCUGGCGUCAACGGAGCAAAGGGUGACAAGGGAGAACGUGGUACUCCUGGUUUCAAUGGUGGACCUGGUCCAAAAGGUGAACGGGGUUUAACUGGACCUCCUGGCCAUAAUGCCUCCCCCCUAACUAUCAAAGGUGAACGUGGUGAAAUGGGCGAAGCUGGUCUAAUUGGUCUACCUGGUCCAAUGGGUCUUAAGGGUAACCAAGGUGCUCCUGGUUUCAAUGGACCUAAAGGCGAUCGCGGUUUAGCUGGACCUCCUGGCGCACCUGGUCUGAAUGGCAUGCCUGGAAUUAAGGGUGAAAUGGGACCAAUGGGUGAUGUUGGUGCUCCUGGUCUAACCAUUAAGGGCGAGAAAGGUCUUCCUGGACGUACGGGCAAGAAUGGACGUGAAGGUGUUCCUGGCGUUCCUGGUCAAAAGGGUGAACAAGGUUUGAGUGGAUUGCCUGGUACCCCCGGUCAAAUGGGUGCUCCCGGACCAAUUGGUCCCCAAGGUCCUAAGGGCGAUCGCGGUCUUACCGGCGCCCCUGGUAGAGAUGGUGCCAAUGGUAUGCCUGGUGUACAAGGUAUUAAGGGUGAUAUGGGAUAUCCUGGUCCUAAAGGUGAUAUGGGUUUGCCCGGCAAUCAAGGACACAAAGGUGAUAAGGGUGAAAUGGGCAUGGUAGGUGCUCCUGGUAUGCCUGGAUUAAUGGGUCUGAAGGGUGAUCGUGGCAUGGAUGGUAUGGAAGGCUUGCCAGGCCAAACAGGUCCUCCGGGCGAGAAAGGUUUCCCAGGUCCCGCUGGCCGCGAUGGCCGUGAUGGCACGCCCGGCAUAAAGGGUGACAAGGGUGCGCCAGGCAUGAUUCCUCCUCCAGGUCCCAAGGGUGAACCCGGCUAUCCAGGAAGACACGGUGAAAAGGGUGAUCGCGGCGCACCUGGUUCUCGCGGCAUGGUCGGAUUGCAAGGUGAACGAGGCGAAAAAGGUGAAAUGGGUCUCAUGGGCUUGACUGGCGCCGUAGGCCGUCCUGGCCCUAAGGGUGACCAAGGUCCACCCGGUAUCAUUGGUCGUGAAGGUGCUCCUGGUCCCAUGGGCCCUAAGGGUGAGGCAGGUUUGGCCUGCUCGCAAUCCGCUGACUAUCUCACUGGCAUUCUACUGGUCAGACACAGUCAAACAUCUAGCGUGCCACGUUGCGAACCUGGACAUGUGGAAUUAUGGAGUGGCUAUUCUCUUCUCUAUGUCGAUGGCAACGAUUAUGCUCACAAUCAAGACUUGGGUUCUCCUGGCUCCUGUGUACGUCGAUUCUCCACCCUGCCAAUGUUGUCAUGUGGUGCCAAUAACAUCUGCAACUAUGCCUCCAGAAACGAUAAAUCAUUCUGGCUGACCACCAAUGCCCAACCUAUGCCCAUGAUGCCACUUCCGGCACAAGAAGUUAGCAGCUAUAUAUCACGUUGUGUCGUCUGCGAAGCUCCAUCGAAUGUCAUUGCAGUGCACAGUCAAUCUUUGGAAAUACCAAAUUGCCCCAAUGGCUGGGAAGGUUUAUGGAUCGGUUACAGUUUCAUGAUGCAUACUGGCUCUGGCAAUGGAGGUGGUGGCCAAGAUAUGUCUUCAACUGGCUCCUGCCUGGAAGAUUUCCGCCCCGUACCAUUCAUAGAGUGCAACGGUGGCAAGGGUCACUGCUUCUUCUAUGACACAUUAAACAGUUUCUGGAUGGUAACUCUCGAAGACUACCAACAAUUCCAGAGACCCGAUAUGGUUACCCUUAAGGCGGGCAACUUGCAGCAAAGAGUCUCGAGAUGUCAAGUUUGUAUUAAGAACUCAUCAUAAGAGGAUGUUCAAAACACACACACACACAUCUGUAGCCCCUAUUCCCCAAAUCCCCUCCCCCCUCUACACAAAAAAUCUAUAAUAGCUACUUUAACAAUUCUACCAACAAUCCCACAAGUGCCAUUUUUAACAUACUCUCCACUGUUUUGUACCAGUUAUUUUUUUUUUUUACUCUUAUAACUAUUUUUUAAUUUUUCGCAACCAAUUCCUUAAAAAGAGCCUUCAACUCCCACUCUUUGUUGCUAGCUGGUGGCAACUAUCCCCCCAGCCAACAAUCCCAGCAAACAAAUUCUCCCAGUAAGCCAAUCAAUACAAGCAACAUUCUAAUCUGCCAUUUAAACGAAUUUAUGAAAUUCUCUCUCUUUUUUAAACGUUUUUUUUAAUAAAUGUAAUGUUUAGUCUCUUAAACUUAAGUAACAAAAUGAAAACCACACACCAAAACCAAUGACAAAUAAAUAGAUAUAAAAGAAAAUUUUACAUAUAAAAGAAUUCCAAUAAAAAAGUUGAUAAUGAAAUGCAAACGAUUUUUUUAAAGAAAAAGAAUACUAAGUUUAAUACACCCAACGAACCCAAAAAAGCCCAGUUUCCAAAGAUGAGAUGAUACUAAAGUGUAAUAUGAUACAAUCCUUUUGUUUUUUGAUUUUAAAAAAACUGCCAUACUAAUUUUAAUUUAUAAUGCAUAAGUUCAUUAUGUAUAAAAUUGUAUAAAAUUACACAAAUAAACAAAAAAUAAAUAUGUUACAAAAACCAAAA